GCGUUCAGUUCAUAAAUGACUCAUGGCACGGCAGAUACAGUUUAUUUGGAUAUGGAUCCAUACACACCCAAAAACAUCCUCAUAACUGGAGCUGCUGGCUUCAUUGCAUCCCAUGUCGCCAACCGGCUUAUCCGUAACUAUCCUGACUACAAGAUUGUCAUUCUGGACAAGCUUGAUUACUGUUCAAACCUCAAGAACCUCAGGCCUUCUCGAUCAUCCCCAAAUUUCAAGUUUGUCAAGGGAGACAUCGGUAGUGCUGACCUUGUCAACUUCAUUCUCCUUACUGAGUCCAUCGACACGAUAAUGCAUUUUGCAGCCCAGACCCAUGUUGACAACUCCUUUGGAAACAGCUUUGAGUUCACCAAAAACAAUAUUUAUGGCACUCAUGUCCUUUUGGAGGCUUGUAAAGUCACCGGUCAAAUCAAGAGAUUCAUUCAUGUAAGCACUGAUGAGGUUUACGGAGAAACAGAUGAGGAUGCACUUGUAGGAAAUCAUGAGGCUUCGCAGCUCCUCCCUACAAACCCAUAUUCUGCUACUAAAGCCGGUGCGGAGAUGCUUGUGAUGGCCUACGCACGGUCAUAUGGGUUACCAGUGAUAACCACGAGAGGAAACAAUGUGUAUGGGCCAAAUCAAUUUCCCGAAAAGUUGAUUCCCAAAUUCAUACUCUUAGCCAUGGCAGGAAAGCCUCUUCCAAUUCAUGGAGAUGGGUCCAACGUUCGCAGUUACCUCUAUUGUGAGGAUGUUGCCGAGGCUUUCGAAAUCAUUCUCCACAAGGGUGAAGUAGGUCAUGUUUACAACAUUGGGACACACAAGGAAAGGAGAGUGCUUGAUGUGGCCAAGGAUAUUUGCAGACUAUUUUCGUUGGACUCAAAUUCAGUGAUUAAGUUUGUGGAGAAUAGGCCUUUUAAUGACCAGAGGUACUUCUUGGAUCAUCAAAAGCUCAAGAAUUUGGGAUGGUCUGAACGGACCACUUGGGAGGAAGGCCUUAAGAAGACUAUGGAAUGGUAUGUUAGCAAUCCCGAUUGGUGGGGAGAUGUCUCGGGGGCUCUUCUCCCUCAUCCAAGAAUGUUGAUGAUGCCAGGAAUCGAAAGAAACGCUUCUGAUGUUUCAAUUUCCGCUGCCUCUCAAGUGGUAAACAAUUCCGGACAGAAAGGAAUGGUGAUUCCUGUUUCUAAAAGCAAUCUUUCUUCUACCCAGAAAACACAACCUUUCAAGUUCUUGAUUUAUGGUAGAACUGGGUGGAUUGGUGGCCUUUUGGGGAAACUCUGUGAGAAACAAGGGAUACCCUAUGAGUAUGGAAAAGGGCACUUGCAGGAACGCUCUGAACUCUUGGCAGAUUUACAAAGUGUCAAGCCUACCCAUGUGCUCAACGCUGCUGGAGUGACUGGUAGACCUAAUGUGGAUUGGUGCGAGUCUCAUAAACCAGAGACAAUCCGCACCAAUGUUGUUGGUACGCUAACUUUAGCAGAUGUUUGCAGAGAGCAUGGACUUCUAAUGUUGAAUUUCGCUACUGGUUGCAUUUUUGAGUACAAUGAUGCACAUCCGAUGGGAACAGGCAUUGGAUUUAAGGAGGAAGACACUCCCAAUUUCAUUGGCUCAUUCUAUUCAAAAACCAAGGCCAUGGUUGAAGAACUUCUGAAAGAAUAUGAUAAUGUUUGCACCCUCAGAGUCCGAAUGCCAAUAUCAUCUGACCUGAGCAACCCCCGUAACUUCAUCACAAAAAUUGUGAAGUAUGACAAAGUGGUGAAUAUCCCCAACAGCAUGACGAUCUUGGAUGAGCUUUUACCCAUUUCGAUUGAGAUGGCGAAAAGGAACUUGAGAGGCAUAUGGAACUUCACAAACCCUGGUGUCGUAAGCCAUAAUGAAAUUCUGGAGAUGUACAAGAGCUACAUUGACCCUAAUUUCAAGUGGGUUAAUUUCACACUCGAUGAACAAGCCAAGGUAAUCGUCGCCCCUCGUAGCAACAACGAAAUGGAUGCUUCCAAGUUGAAAAAUGAGUUCCCAGAGCUGUUGUCGAUCAAGGAAUCACUGAUUAAAUACGUUUUUGAACCCAAUAAGAAAAGCUCCACCGUUUGAUCAUGUCAUCUAUCAGAAGAGAGAUCUUUGGAAUAUGCAUGAGUAGGGUUUCAGUUAAAAUCAUAUUAUUAAUGUUCUAGCCAUUAUUUGUGAUCGUCCUCAUUGUCAUACCUAUUAUUCCAUUGUGAUAUUUGGGUUAAGUAUAUAAGUACACAUGGUUGGGGGGUCUAUGUUACAUUUAUUUGUUAAUUUACUCUGUCAAAAUGUGGGAAGGAAGGAGAGCAAUGUAUCUUAUGUUUAUUGGAUUUUAAUUUAUAAAGCUGUUUAUUUUCAUUUU